AUGUUCAUACAAGAUACUAUAACAAGAUAUCCAUACUGUGCAGUGAAUCUUUCCGCGUCAUUGUUAUUAGGGGUAACUCAUUUUUUGCGCAGGGAUUAUAAUUUGGUCCUUUUGACAGCUUGGAACUUGCUAAUAGUACUAUAUACACCAAUACAGAUAUUAAAUUUAAAUAACUCACUAGUGUGUGAUUCGCAGAUUGCAUUGACGUUUUUAACUUCAAUAGUAAUAUCCUAUAGUAUUUUGAAAGAAGAGAAUCGAAAAUCAUUGUUUAGCAGAUAUACGUACGUGCUAUCAUUUAUAAUCAUUUUGAUUUUUGUUGUGGUCAUUAUUCCAGAUCGCAUGAUGUUGAAUUCAAUUUCAACGAUUUACGAUAGAAUAAAAUUUGAUCAUAUCUAUAUAGUAUUAACAUUGAUUUACGUUGUGGAUGCAAUAACGAAAUUUGCCUUCACGUCAGACUUUACCUCAAUAUUGAUCCAGGGGAUAUGGACGUAUAAUUCAAUUGUUAUUAUAAUUUCGAUGUGGUUUAUCAUUUACAGCAAGGACACUUUAUUUAGCAUUUUGAAAAUAAUAGAGCAAGACGAUAGUCAGAAUACUUCAUUUGUGACGUCUUUUAUUAUAUCAAGCAUUAGCCAAUUGGAAGAGGAUUAUCAAUUGUGUUCACAAGGGAAAACUGCUUUGGAGAUGUGUUUAAAAGAAAGAAAUACGGAUAAUUUGCAAUCAUAUUUCAUAAUCCUUAAAACUAUGGUCACAAAUUGCUGGAGUAUUUUAAAUUUAGUUUCAUUUGUAUUGAUCCCAACUUUGAUUUCAUGUAUUUAUAACAGAAAACAGCUAUUAAGCAAUAUCAAACAGUUCGAGGCAAAGGCGGAUUCUGUAGUGUAA